GGAGCCGUCACAACUCAAUCUAGUAACUCCGAGGCUACCGCAACCUUCAUACCUGUUUCUCUUAACACGUUCACAACUUUUUUUUGUCGUCUUCCAAACAUAAACAAUCUAUUUUUUCUCAUCUCUUCCAGAGCAACUUCAUCUUUAUCCAUUAACAGAUCAAAUUUUAUGCAUUGCUGUUGGAAAAAUUAUCCAUGAUUGUUUAAGUGAAUACUGUGAUUAAGUGUUGUAAUUUUGAUUUUGUGGAGCCAUGUGAUAAUGUGCAAAUAUCUAGAGAGUGAAAUACGAAGAAGGAGAAUGUCUCGAAAAGUUCAAUGGAGCUUCAUGCUCUCUGCACUGAUGGUACUCACUGUUGUUGCUGCAGAUGAUGAGACAAAUACAACAGGUAUAUCCAUAAGUUGCGAGAACGCAAGGGUGAAAUGUGCAUUUAGGUCAGGAUGUGGUACUGCACUUCAACAAUACAUCGGGAGUUGUGCAAGUGACCUUCGUGGUGGUGUUACAAGUUGUCCAGAGACUUGUCUUCUUACGCUUAUUGCACUAUCGAGCACUGAUGAAGGAAAACAACUUAUGACAUGUACAUGCAGUGAAAGUGACAGCAUGUGCAUUAGAUCCAAACAGAGAGUGGAAGUUUGCAGAGCAUCAGUAUUAAAUACACUGAAUAAAACUAGAGUAUCCUGCAAGAUAGCAACGACUAUUUGUAAUGCUGACACGAUUUGUUCAACAGCUCUUUCUUAUUACCAUCUUCAUUGCAGAAGUAUGAUUCAUGGGAAAAAAUGUACUCACAGAUGCAAAAAUUCGAUUGACAUUCUGUCACGUCAAGAGAAAGCAGCAAAACUUAACACAUGUCUAUGCGAUGGUGCUGAGGACCAUGAGUGCCGAGAAAUUCAUCGAAACAUGAAUAAUUUGUGCUUCGGAAGGAAUCAUCAUGACUACACGGAUCAUGAGGACACGGAUCACGACACCAUACCCGCUGGUGGGUUGAGUACAAUUGCUGAAGCCCACCUAAUUCUUGGUCUCGUUCUACUUGUAUACAUCUCACAAGACUGAUGAGGAAGCCGUAGCCUAGCAGAAUUCAAAAACAGUAUUCCGCAUGUCAACGACCAAAGACCCUAAAUGCUUACCAUUUGGUGCAAAAUGAACGAAUGCAAUUGUUCAAUAUAUUUCUUUUUUCUUCAUUUUUUUUGUUUACUUUUCUGGUUCCGCAUAAAAUUUAAACGUUUAUGUGUUCUUCGCCGAAUAACAAAGACAGUAGUUGCAACGAUCAAAUCAUAAAAAGAUUUACGUCUGUCAGAAAAUGAACGGAAAAUGGAAAAAACGUUAAUCGCUACACUCAAUUUUUUUAUAACUAUCUUCAUUUAUCUUGGAAACAGGCUACGUUAAGCAAAAAGAUGACGAUAUUUUUCAUAGGUAACAAAAUUUUUCAUGAAUGAGAUGUUUCCACUAUUUCAUUACUCCGAGGAUGAGGGUUUACCUAAACUUCUUCACAAUAAUAUUUUUUCAAACUUUCCCUCAAUUUCAAUCAUAAGACUGAUAAUUUCAUAGAUAACAAAAAUAUUCUUCCUUGUCGAUUAAUAAUGUAAUUGUCUCAUGAGAACAUAAAAAAAAGUCACAAGACCUCUUCAA